AUGUCGUUCGGAUCAUCCGCUUUCAAGCGUGGACGCGAUGAGGAGGUGACGGGCAACAAGCGAGCCAGGGUCAGUGUUCCUUCUCUGCGCUGCAUCGGCCUCAGCGAUUUCCGGUUCGGCGUGCCGUGGCCGUGCCCGCCGCCGGAAGUCGUUCGUCCCGAGUCGCGUGCCCGAGUCGCGUCCCCCGUUCAGCCUCGGCCGACCGCACAGACCCAGAGCGCGUCGGCCGUCCUUCACGGCGCACAGCUGACGCAGGGAGCUCACUUUUGAAAACAGACCGUCUUUGCCGCGUUCGGUGACUCGGAAUUGAACCAACACAUGAUGCCGCAGCAGUGGCCGCCCGCCGCGCCGCAGCCAAUGUCAAUGCCCACCGGCUCCGCGUACCACACCCCUCAAGCAGCGUACGGCAUGGACAUGGACAUGGUCGAUGACAAUAUGCUCGAGGAUGAAGAGGAUGAGGAUGAGGAGUCCCCCGCGUGUGGUGCUGCUUUGGCCGCACGUUUGGCCGGCGACUAUCGCGAGUCCAACUCGAACCCGGUUCAUCCUUGGAACCAGAACGCACCGCGCAUGGCGCAUCAACGUGAGUCUCUUGAAUGGGAGCUAUCGCACAUCUUGUCAAAAACUGACUCCCGCGAUCUUUCCAACAUGCUUAGUUUCGGCCUCGUCGCUUUCGUCGGGAACUUCUUCGGCUGCACCCGGCACGCCUCUCGACUUCCCCGAUCAAUACUGCGCCACCUUUGUCGACAGCAACGGCCAGAGUCGUCAGUUUGCGAGCUCAGCUCCGUCGACAUCUUCCUCGCUGUCCGUGUACCCGUCGAUCCCCGCGCCCUCGGGUAUGAUGGACGAGAGCGCCGCUUUUGCCAACUACGCGAUGCAGCACGGCUUCAAACACCCUUCGCAAAAGACCCAAGUCGGGUCCAUCCACAUCUCGCAACCCGGCAUGACCCAAUUGAGCAGCGACGGGUCAGUCUUGUCCCCCUCCUCCGCCUCGGUCGCGCAUGCUGUUUGGAUGAGCGAAAAGGCCGAAGCGAUGAAACGGGCCGAAGCUCAUUUCUUGUGGUCCUCCUCCGCUUCCUCCACUUUCUCCCAUCUCGCGUGAACUCUUGGAUCAUUCCGACAGACCUCGUACGCUCGACAUCCCCAGCUUUGGGUGGGACGUCCCUAGUCAAAGCUCCCGCAACGGUUCUCAUUUCGGUUGA